AUGUAAAUUAAUGGCCGUUUGUAAUUAGACUUAAAACUAGAUAAUAAAGAUUAUAAAAUCUCUGGUAAUAUUUUCAUGAAAGAAAAUAUAUCAACAGAUGUUGACAAAGAAGCAGAAACUAUUGCGAAUCGAAUCAUUGAAAAAGUCAGAUAAAAAUCAUUAAAUAAAUCAAUCAAUAAAUCAAUCAAUAAAUCUGUUCAAUAUAAAUACGAAUCAUAAUCUGCAACCAAAUUUAGUCAAACUGAACAUUUUAAAUCUAGUGAACAAAGUAAUUCUCGAUAAGAAACCUUAAAAAAUGAUUAUAAAUAACCAUUUAUUUCUGAAUAUCAAACAGAGUAAAGAUCAUCUUGCAAAUUUAAUCAUGAAAAUUAAUAAUUAGAUAUUUGUGAAUUAAUUACUCCUUAAAAACAUAAAAUACGAAAUACUAAAUCUUAGUAAUCUAUCAAAAAAGAUGAAAAAGAUUAGAUCAAUAAAAAACAAUCUACUAUCUAACUUGCUGAAAGCUAAUAUAUUAUAGAAAACACUUGCACUUCUAAUACUAAGGAUGGAAAACAAAUAAUACAAUUAAUGUAUGCUUUUUAUAUUAUUAAUCUAGAGAUAAUGCACAUAACCUACUCAAAAAAAAUUCAUAAAUUUUGAAUAGAGUUCAACUCUAAUCUCCACCUAAAUCAGCCAUCAAUACAAAAUCAUCUCUCAGUAUUAAAACUUCGAAUAACUCAUAAUCUCAUAAAAAGAAAGAAGAUAUUGUUACUCAAUUAUUAGGAAGUCUAAGAAAUGCAAAAAAAAUUAAAGAAGAAUAUUAAAAAAGAUUAUUUUGA